GCUGUCCACUUUGUCUCUGGCAUGUACUAUGCUGGAGAGGCUCAACCAUAGGGCUCAACCCAUAUUGUUGCAGAAUACCUCCGAGAACUCUACUAAUGGCCUGUCGAUUUAUGAAGAAACGGCAGCCUCGCAAACGUUGCUUGCUGUAGCCCGAUAAUACAUUUAUAUGAGCAGCAUGACAUGUCCGUGGUUAUGUCAAAAUUAGAUUUCGGCUGGGAUAAAGCCUAGGAACUUGUCGGACUGAGUGCGUCCAGUAUAGUUGGGCAGGUGAAAAAGCAACAGAGAUGCGAAGCCGCAGUAACUCGGGAGUGAGGUUGGACGGCUAUGCCAGGCUGGUACAGCAGACAAUUCUAUGCCACCAGAAUCCUGUGACAGGGCUUUUGUCAGCCAGUAAAGAGCAGAAAGAUGCCUGGGUCCGAGACAACGUGUACAGCAUACUGGCUGUCUGGGGGCUGGGAAUGGCUUAUCGGAAAAACGCUGACCGGGACGAAGACAAAGCCAAAGCGUACGAACUGGAACAGAGUGUUGUUAAACUAAUGCAGGGACUACUGCAGUGCAUGAUGAGACAGGUAGAAAAAGUGGAGAAGUUCAAACACACUCAGAGUACAAAGGACUGUCUCCAUGCCAAGUACAACACUUCGACCUGCAGCACUGUGGUGGGGGAUGACCAGUGGGGGCAUCUGCAAGUGGAUGCCACCUCUCUCUAUCUGCUCUACCUGGCACAGAUGACAGCUGCAGGUCUACGCAUCAUAUCUAAUUUGGAUGAAGUAGCCUUUGUACAGAACCUUGUAUUUUAUAUAGAGGCGGCCUACAAAGUUGCAGAUUAUGGAAUGUGGGAACGUGGAGACAAGACAAACCAGGGAAUAGCAGAACUGAAUGGCAGCUCUGUGGGAAUGGCCAAGGCAGCCCUUGAAGCCAUCGAUGAGCUGGACCUGUUUGGAGCACACGGGGGGCCAAAGUCAGUCAUUCACGUUCUUCCCGAUGAAGUAGAACACUGCCAGUCUAUUCUUUGCUCAAUGCUGCCCAGAGCCUCAACAUCUAAAGAGAUCGAUUCUGGACUCCUGUCGGUUAUUUCCUUCCCAGCCUUUGCAGUGGAAAACAUGGACCUUGUUAAUGUGACAAAAAAUGAAAUCAUAACUAAACUGCAGGGACGUCAUGGUUGCUGCCGAUUUCUAAGAGAUGGAUAUAAAACGCCAAGAGAGGACCCCAACAGGCUGCAUUAUGACCCUGCUGAGCUGAAACUGUUUGAAAACAUAGAAUGUGAAUGGCCAAUCUUUUGGACAUACCUGAUAUUAGAUGGUAUAUUUAAUGGUGACCAGGUGCAGGUACAGGAGUACAGAGACGCCCUUGAGGGUAUUCUCAUUAGAGGAAAGCAUGGGAUACGUUUGGUGCCUGAACUCUACGCAGUCCCGCCAGACAAGGUUGAGGAAGAGUACAGGAACCCACACACAGUGGACCGUGUCCCAGCAGGAAAACUCCCUCACAUGUGGGGCCAGUCUCUCUACAUCCUGGGCAGUCUGCUGGCUGAGGGGUUUCUGGCCGCAGGUGAGAUUGACCCCCUCAACAGAAGAUUUUCUACAUCUUUCAAACCGGAUGUUGUUGUGCAAGUGUCCAUCUUGGCAGAAACCAAAGACAUCCAGACACUCCUGCAGAAGUAUGGUAUUAAGGUGGAGACCAUUGCUGAGGUGCACCCCAUCCAAGUCCAGCCUGCCCGCAUUCUCAGUCACAUCUAUGUAAAGCUAGGUAAUAGCAAGAAGUUAAAGCUGAGUGGUCGACCGUAUCGACACAUUGGUGUUCUUGGAACCUCUAAGGUGUAUGUUAUUAGAAAUCGCAUCUAUACAUUUAUUCCACAGUUCAUUGACCAGCACCACUUCUACCUGGCUCUGGACAAUCGCAUGAUCGCAGAGAUGCUGCGGACUGAGCUGGCGUACCUCACUUCCUGCUGGAGGAUGACUGGGCGUCCCACCCUUACCUUUCCCAUCACGCACAGCAUGCUCACUGAGGGCGGAACUGACAUUGACCCUGCUAUCCUCGCCACACUCAGAAAACUGCAGGAUGGGUACCUUGGCGGGGCAAGGGUCCAGACCGGCAAGCUGUCCAGUUUUCUUACCACCUCCUUCCACACUGAGCUGAGCUUUCUGGACCUGGGCUGCGACGACCAGCUGCUAGUGGACGAGGAGGACUGUGACAGCAUCGACAACGAUGAAUACCAGCACGGAGGCUAUCCACAAGAUGAUAUCAAUAAAGAUAAUGUCAAGGAUGAGCUUGAUCAGUAUAUUCAACACUUGCUUCAAAGCACGGCUCCAAAAUCCCACCUCCCCCCGAUCUGCCAGACGCCCGGACAGCACCACGUGUUCAGUGCGGAGCACACCACCCGGGACAUUCUCUCCAUGGUGGCCAAGGCCAAGGGGCUCGAAGUACCCAAAGUUUCAAUGUAUUUGCCUUCUGCUAAUGUCCUGAAAAAACACCGGAAGUCACUGAAUCUGGUUGACGCACAGCCACGUAAGGAUCCAGACUCUGAUCUGCACUUGCCCAGGGACAGGCAUGGCAAUGUUGACUGUCAGUCCCUUGCAGAACAACUGAAGGAAUGUCCUACUCUGCAAGAUCAAGCAGAUAUAUUAUACAUCCUUUAUGUCAUAAAAGGUCCUGACUGGGAUAUGAACCUCUCCGGGCAGUAUGGUGUCACGGUUCACUGCCUGCUCAGUGAGCUGUACUGCCAGGCGGGCAUCAACCAGGAGUGGGGGCUGAUUCGAUAUAUUUCCGGCAUGCUGCACAAGAGGGUGGAAGUGCUGGCUGAGGCUUGCACAGACCUGAUUUCUCACCAGAAGCAACUUACAGUGGGUCUGCCUCCUGAGCCUCGCGAGAAAGUUAUUGCAGCCCCUUUGCCACCCGAACAACUGAAUAACCUGAUUUAUGAAGCCAGCGGACAAGACAUAAGCAUAGCCGUUCUUACACAGGAGAUCAUGGUUUACUUGGCGAUGUAUGUGAGGUCUCAGCCCUCCCUAUUUGGUGACAUGCUCAGACUGCGGAUCGGACUCAUCAUUCAAGUAAUGGCAACAGAGCUGACUCGAAGUCUGCACUGUUCAGGGGAAGAAGCCUCCGAAAGCCUAAUGAAUCUGAGUCCUUCGGACAUGAAGAAUCUGCUUCAUCAUAUUCUCAGUGGAAAGGAAUUUGGAGUAGAAAGAAGUGUGCGCCCUAUGGAAUCAUCGGCCACCAGUCCUGCAAUCUCAAUCCACGAAGUGGGCCACACUGGAGCCACCAAGACUGAGAGAACUGGUAUCAUUAGGCUCAAGAGUGAGAUGAAGCAGCUGGAUGAUCAGAUGACACAAAGUUUCUUUUUCAGCGGUCAGUCCAUUGGCAGCAACGUAACGUCUCCCCGCUCCACGAGGUGCAGCAGCCCCUCGUCCCCCAGCGGCACCAUGUCUCCCACCGGCUUAGGGGGGGCCCACAUGAACUGGGAUGAGCGGCAAGGCCAGUGGCUGCGCAGGAGGCGCCUUGAUGGGGCCAUAAACAGGGUCCCCAUGGGCUUCUACCAGAAAGUGUGGAAAAUCCUCCAGAAGUGUCACGGCCUGUCCAUCGACGGAUACGUGCUUCCUUCUUCAACCACCCGAGAGAUGACGGUAGGUGAGAUCAAGUUUGCAGUUCAUGUGGAGUCGGUGCUGAACCACGUCCCCCAGCCUGAGUACCGGCAGCUGCUGGUAGAGGCCAUCCUGGUCCUCACGCUGGUGGCAGACAUGGAGGUGCAGAGCAUCGGGGGGAUAAUCCACAUCGACCGCAUUAUACACAUAGCCAACGACCUGUUCCGGCAAGACCAGAAAGCACAUGGAGCAAGUGAAUACUUCUUGGAGCAAGAUCCAGCCACUGGAAUUUGUAACCUUUUCUAUGACAGCGCCCCUAGUGGUGGCUUUGGUACUAUGACGUACCUUUCCAAAGCAGUCGCUACCUAUGUACAGGAUUUCCUUCCAAAUACAAGUUGCCAGAUGCAAUAACAUUGCAGGACAGGUUUUCUUUAGUUGUUAGGUAGAGGAAUACCUUAUUGAGAUGAAAUGUAAACCACACUACAUCACUGUGGUUGUAGAAAACUGUUAAAUAUGUAUAACUAGGUACUAUAAGCAGUCAUGGUGCCAAUUUAAUCUUUAGGUAUAUGGGUCAUUUUACAGAUAUGGUAGAUAUUUAUUUUAUUAAAGCAUGUGUAUUCUUGUAGGAAUGGAGAACUGUUAUUUUCAAAGGAAUUUUUAAUUUAUCCUUUGCAUUCUCCUUCAUUGUGUAACAUGAUAUACAUAGUCCUCUGAUGGAAACAUGAUAUGAACCAAACAAAUGGGCUGCAUGGUGUGUGAAAAAGGUUUACAUACAUGUGUUAUGUCUCAGUACCAUACACACCUUUUUUUUCUCUGAACAUGAGAAUACAUAUUAGGCCUGUUUUAGUGAGAUUCCAAAAAUAGAGAUUUUCCAAACUCAUGACUGCAACAGUAAUUACCAUACCUCUAUGGCAAGGUAGGCCUAAUGACACUGCUGUUAAGGUAAUCAAUAUAGUUUUCUAUGUCUAUAUAUAUAUAUAUAUAUAUAUAUAUAUAUAUAUAUAUAUAUAUAUAUAUAUAUAUAUAUAUAUAUAUAUAGAUAGAUAGAUUAGUACAUUUAGGCUUGAGUAAGAGUUAGCUGGCUUGUUGAGUUUUGUUUACAGUACUUAGGUUGUUAUCUCACUGCUUGUAGUUCAAAAGUUUGUCCUCAUUACUUGAACUUUUUCAAACUGUGUCUCCUAUCUGUAGAAUGACCCAUAGUGUGGCUAAUUCAGACGAUUGUGGUAUAAUAACUGCACAUUGUAAAUAUUUUAAUAAUUAUGUUUUCUGAUAUGAGGUUUUAAAGAAAUGAGUGUUGAAGCUGUAGUAUUGUUUUAACUGUAUUUACUGAUACUCCUUUAUAAUGAAGACUAUGAAUGUUUUGUACCCGCUGCUUACUGGUUCAUGAUAAAAAAAAUUUAAAAAAACCUUUGUGAGGGCAUUAUACAGGGCUACGUGGAGUGUGCUACUCAUCACACUCUACAACAUGUCUGGUAUUCCUUUGGGAGGACCAUUUACUAAAUCGCAAGGGAUAACACAGUCAUACCAUGCUAGAGAAAGCAAAUAUAAUGCAAACAACAAAAGUCGUGACAGAAUAAUUUACAGUAUUCUGCUAAGCUGUCACAGUGGACUCUCUACACAUUGUUACUCAGCUUCCAUAGCCUGCAAUGCUCAAGAUCAAGGGUGAUUGGUACAUAAUAUAACACAAACUGUUAUUCAACUCCAUGGCAAUGUGAUGCCUGGGACGGACACCACUCUACUAUGAUCAAGUGAUUCCCCCUUCCUGUUGGAAAAACUUGGUCCUACUGAUUGGCUGUUUGAUUCUGCAAGCACCUACAGUACUUACAUCAGAGAGGUCAAACGCAGAAUUCUCCAUUCAGUGAUCAACAUUCGUGGUUCGAUUUUGUACUUGUGGCACCAGGUUAAAUUACUGAUAGUCGAUGUCAACAUGGCUGCCACUGUAUGUUUAAGAUCAUACAGUAUAUGUAUGCAAUGCAACAAAAUCCCAACAGUGGUAAUAGUUUGUGCCUUUAUGUGGCAAUAUUCUUAUUGAAUGGGAUCUUCUUAAUAGGGUUAAAUGCCAUCUGAUUUUCAGAAGGUGUCUGGAUUGUAUUUAGAGGACGUAAAUACUGUAUAUUUGGAUCCAAAAAUGUGAAAGUCUGAAAUGGUAAAAUUCAGUUAAAAGAGUCUGCAAGACAGCAAAUGCUGGUUUUGGCUCAUUGGCCACGGUAGUCUAUGUGGUAAAAGAGUGGAUUUUUAUUCUUUUUAAUUUAAACUCAGAAUAUGGCUAAUAAAGCAGAACAAAUUAUUGUAUCAUAUUAUUAUUUUUAAAUGUAUUUAUGUAAUUGAUCUUUUUAAAUAGAAAGAAAAUAAUGGAUUCAAUGUUAAGAUGUUGUAGUGAUGUUUAUUUAGUUUUUGAAGUCAUGUUCCUGAUGAUCCUAAAUACAUUUUAAACACAUUUUAAAGUGCCUGAUCAUGAUUAUAUGGCUUGUAAAAGAAAUUAAGGUUGUUUCACAUGUAAUUUAAAUUAAUAACACUUGCACUUAACUUUUCAAGUAACCUUUAACAAUUUGUUGUGUGUACAAUUACAUUUUGCAACCUUCAUUUGUCAGAAUAUUUGUACAUUUUAGAGACAAGGGCAUGCUGCUAUUGCAAAAAUAUAACCAGAACACUGUAACUAUUUAUAGUGUCAGAGUUGCUAUGUGGAAUCAUCAGUUGAUUCACCACUUGGGUUGUGCUCAUGAGUGCAUGGUAAAUGCUGCGGAGCUCCACACCAGGUCUUUAAAACCUUUUUUCAUGUUGGUUUGAAAUGCCUUGCUUUUAUAAGAAUUGCACAUUUUCACCAACAGAUAAUGGUUCUGAAAUCACCAGAACCUACCAUCUGGUUCUGUAAAGAAUAUGUAGGAACGAUUACGUAUCUGUAACUGCAUCCUUUGAUAAGAUUGCUAUGCUAUAUAUUCAUUGCCUACUCUAAACGUACUUUUAUGUCUAUUAAUAAUACUGCUCAACAAAUGCCUGCACUCUGUGUGUCUUGGUGUCCAUUUGAAAUUGUAUGAAACGUUUAAUGUUGUAAUGCUGUUACAGUAUGUAUGUCUGAUCAUUUUUACAAUAAAAUCCAUCUCUGUUUUA